AUGAAAAGAAGAACAGAUAUUAAGAGCAUAUGUGUAGCAGUUAUUAUAGGAGUAUGCAGUGGAUAUUACAUUUUUAGUCCCAUAAUUGAUAAUAUGAAGGAUAAUAUAAAUAGCAUAAAUAACAAAACUGAAAAGGAAAAUAAAUAG